AUGUUGUUUAAACGGAUCAUCGAAGGAAAAUCGAUGUUGAACACAGAUUCGAAGGAUAGGUCUCCAGAGAAAUGUUCUAGAAGGAAAUCAGAAUGCGAGGGUUGUGGCGAACAUUCUACUAUUCUGGAGGAAAUGAUGAAGAUGGUUCUUCUUGGAGUGGUUUUAUGGGCUGGAGUGACAUUCGGAAUUCAUGUCGCUCCGUAUCCUCUCAAUUUGAUAGUGUCUUCAGAAUUAAUACAUCCCCCACCGUUGUACGAUUAUCCUUUCCCGAGCGCACAAAUGUUGAAGAAGCUGCCGACUAUAACAGCCGCUGAUACAAAUAGGUCAAUCAGCAUGAGCAAACUAGUUAUAUCUAUGCUAGAUCGAUUGGAAACUAAUCUAGAUGCAGCAGAAAUAAGACCAAAACAAGGAUCUGCGGCUCAAGGCCUGGCGAUUGAUGGUUUUCCUUCAAACAACGUUAUGAAAUAUGAAAUGUCGUCUGCUAUUAUAACUAAAGCGUCGCAACAACUUGUUUGGACUAAAUGUGCAAGAUACGGUUUGCCAAAAGACGAAUGUGCCAGUUACAUCAGUACUCUAAACUUGAGGGAAAGUGAAUUUGGAGGUGAAUGCGCACAAUUGGAGAGAUUUACAUGUCGCUCGAAUAAGAUGUCGUCUAGAUAUAGAACAUUCGAUGGGUCUUGCAACAAUCCAGUCAGAUCUUCUUGGGGUCAAGCACUAACUGGUUACAAACGGCUUCUACAUCCGAGAUACCAGGAUGGGAUAGAAGAACCUCGUCGUGCUGUUAAUUCCCAUGAACUGCCAUCGGCUCGUCUAGUGAGCGCGGUUAUUGGAGAUAAUAUAGAUGUACCGGAUAACAAGAAAACUAUAACUUUACCUGUAUGGAGCCAGUUCAUCUAUCAUGAUUUAGUCCAUACUCCUGUACGGAAGACUUACCACACAGACAAGGCUAUUCGUUGCUGCGACAACUCCGGCUGGCCCCUCACACCGCGCUACCAACAUCCAAGUUGUAUGCCCAUUACAGUUUCUGACACAGACCCUGUAUAUAAGGAACAGAGAGUCACUUGUAUGGAGUACACUCGUUCUGUCACCACUUAUCGCGGAGACUGCACCUUUGGAGCUGCUGAACAGAUGAACCAAGUGUCUCAUUUCCUGGACGGGUCCAAUAUCUACGGUUCUAACAGUCGUGAGGCUGCAGCUCUAAGGGAGAAGACUGGUGGUCUAUUGAAGACGUCUACAGUAGACGAUGAUGAGUUAUUGCCUCUAGCUAUCAAUCCCACUGAGAAAUGCCUCGUUGAUAACAAUAAUGAACCUUGUUACAACACUGGUGAUAUCCGUGCCAACAUCCAUCCUUGGUUGACGAGCCUUCAUACUCUGUUUGUUAGAGAACAUAAUCGUAUAGCCAGAACUCUGGCUAGUCUCAACCCUGGCUGGAAUUCUGAUAAGCUUUACCAUGAGGCGAGAAGAAUUGUAGUGGCUGAGAUACAACAUAUCACAUACACACAAUGGCUACCGGCACUCACUGGUAAGGCUUUCAACGAGCUGUAUGACAGCUACGACACAGGCUACAACCAGGACGUUGACCCCACCAUAACAAAUUCCUUCGCUACAGCCGCCUUUCACUUCGUAUACAGUCUUCUUGAUCAAGACAUUGAAUUGAUGGAUGACGUCAGCAAUGUGACGUCACACCGCCUGCGUCACAGCUACUUCAAGCCGCAAUUAUUGGCUCAAAAAGACGGAGUGGAGAAAAUACUAAGAGGAAUGGUCAAUCAAAAAAGCCAGGGAUUGGACUUGAAUUAUGAUUACGAUCUUCGUCCGGGUUGGUUGGGUUCGCUAGAUGUUCUUGCUUUAUCAGCGCAGCGUGGUCGUGAUCACGGCUUACCAGGGUAUGCGCACUACCGCGCCCUCUGUGGUCUACCUCUACCCGGGACUUUCGACGCACUAACUGACGUACUACCGGAAGAGGUUGUAACCAAACUAUCGCAAGUGUAUGAACAUCCUCAUGAUAUAGAUUUGGUUGUUGGUUUAAUGGCAGAGGUACCACUUCCCGGCUCGUUGCUAGGACACACGGCUACUUGUUUAAUAAAGGAGCAGUUAUGGCGUACUAGAGUAUCAGACCGCUACUUCUAUAGCCACAUGGGUGAAGCGGGUAGCUUCACUAAGAGGCAGUUGGCAGAAGUGAGGAAGAGUUCCUUGAGUCGUCUCCUUUGUUAUAAUACCAAGAUACAGACAGUUCCUAGGGAUGCCUUCCAAACUGUGGAUGAAAGUAACCCAUUGAUUUCUUGCUCGGACUUGAAGAAGAUGAAUCUUGAGGCUUGGCAGGAUCCUUCCCAACAACCGGAUAUAUUCACUAGAACUAAUACUUGGAUAAAGAACAAAGUAGCCAGCGGCAACACUACUAAAUAG